AUGCUCGUUCGAAGGAGGGUGAUGAGUUGGAGAAGGGUCGCAAAGUCCUUUCAAGCUAUGCUAGCUCAUGUCUUUCUUUUCUCCUUCACUCUUCUCCUUGUCCUCAAGCUUGACCGUUUCUUCCUUUUCUCAUGGUGGACUGUAUUUUUUCCACUUUGGCUUUUUCAUGUCGUGGUAGCACGGGGCAGGUUUUCCUUGCCCGCUCCUUCAAUGCCUCAUGGUCGCCAAUGGGCUCCUUGUCAUUCAGUCAUAGCAACGCCAUUGCUUGUGGCAUUUGAGCUUCUUCUGUGCAUACAUCUUGGAAGCAGUUAUGUGGUGAAUUUAAAGAUUGUCUUCAUACCUCUUAUAGCAUUUGAAUUAGUGAUUUUGAUCGAUAACAUCAGGAUGUGUAGAGCUUUGAUGCCUGGAGAUGAGGAAAAUAUGACGGAUGAAGCAGUAUGGGAAACACUUCCUCACUUCUGGAUUUCGAUAUCCAUGGUCUUCUUUAUUGCUGCCACAGUGUUCACUCUUUUAAAGAUAUGCGGUGAUGUUGCUGCUCUAGGCUGGUGGGACUUGUUUAUCAACUAUGGCAUUGCACAGUGCUUUGCGUUUCUCGUUUGUACAAAGUGGCACAAUCCUACAAUUCAUGGAAACUGUCAAAUUACAGAACCAUGUUCGUCGUCGAAUACAAUAAGAUAUCUUGAAUGGAGUAGAGAAGGCAUAGUUAUUUCUACCGAUGAAGAUGUGCAGCAAAAUCCGUUUUGCAGUUUGCAGGACAUAGGUGGACAUAUCAUGAAAAUUCCGUUAAUUGGUUUCCAAAUACUUCUUUUUAUGCAUUUAGAGGGAACACCAUCGGGUGCAAAAAAUAUACCGAUUUGGGGAAUUUUUUCUCCCCUUUUUCUGUUGCAAGGAGCUGGUGUAUUAUUUGCAGCAUAUAGGUUAAUAGAGAAGAUUGUUCUAUUACUCUAUCACGGAGAUGUUCCUAGAAGCUACUCUUCUAUAGCAUCAAAAUCCCGUGACUGCUUUGGAUUUUUCCAUCACGGAUCAAGGUUGCUAGGUUGGUGGUCAAUAGAUGAAGGAAGCAGAGAGGAAGAAGCUAGACUUUUUUGUGCCGGGAGUUCUGGGUAUAAUACUUUCUCCCCCGAUACGGUGAAGAAAAUGCCUAGAGGAGAACUUGUUGAGGAGAUUUGGAGACUUCAAGCUGCACUUGGUGAGCAAACAGAAGUUACAAAAUAUAGCCAGGAGGAAUAUGAAAGACUUCAAAAUGAGAAGAUCUUAUGCAGAGUUUGCUUUGAAGAGCAGAUUAACGUGGUCCUCCUUCCGUGCAAGCAUCACGUUCUUUGCAGCACUUGCUGCGAAAAAUGCAAGAAGUGUCCUAUCUGCCGAGGUACCAUUGAAGAACGGAUGCCUGUAUAUGAUGUGUAG